UUCAGCGAUCCAUCAAUUAAUCUCGUGAGAAAGAAAUGGAGCCACGGGAGAGCGGCGAGGGAGGCAGCGCCAAGAAGCUCACGACCCCGCCCGUGGCCGCCCUCGGCGCCGAACUCCUGGGGAAGGUACUCCACCGCCUCCCCGACAUGGCGUCGCUCGCCAGCGCCGCCCGCGUCUGCAAGCGCUGGGGCCGCGUGGCGUCCGACCCGGCCGUCUUCCGCCGCUUCGGCUCCCUCCGCAGGCCCCCGCUCGUCGGCGUCUUCGUCACCGACCGCGGCCCCGAGCAGUUCCCGCUCUACGACCAUGAAACCUGCUUCAUCAGGGCCCCCUCGCGCAACAACCCCGAGCUGGCCUCCGCCGCGGUGGACGGCGACUUCUACUUCCUGUACCACCCCGAGGUCGACGACGCCGACGACUGGCGCCUCCGCGGCUGCGACGGCGGCUUCCUCCUCUUCUCGCUCGGCCGCUACAGCACGGACCUCGCCGUGUACGACCCCCUCGACCGGACCGCCGUCUUCUUCAAGCCGCCCCACUACUUCCGCCCGUUCCGCUACGCCAUCGUCGCCGACGAGGCCGACGCCUCGUUCCAGGUCAUCGCCAUCCAGCCCGAUCCCUGCAGCGACGACGCCUCGGUCGUCUUCUCCUCCCGUACCCGCAGCUGGGUCGAGAACGGCUCGGUGCGCUACAGGUUCGCCUGGCCCUACACCGACGGCAUUGCCGCCGGGCGGUUCGUUUACUGGCGGUCCAACACCAAGAAGGACCAUUAUUACGAAGCGAAGGAGGAGGUACUGCUGGUUGACACGACAACCAUGGCGUGGUCGUACAUGACCGUGCCGGUCCCCGUCGGCGAAUCCUACUGCGUGGCGCACAUGGCGGAGCACGGCGGGCUGUGCAUCGUGUCCAGCAAGGACCAACGCGUGCUGCUCUUGGUCCGUGACGCCAAUGGCGGAUGGGUGGUCAAGAAGGAGGUCUCCCUGCUGAAUCAGUUUCCCUACCUGAAGAGGCUUCGUCGUGACCAGUGGAUGAAGAGGAUGCGCAUCCUGGCAAUGAGGGCCGGCUAUGUCUACAUGGAGUUCUGGUCCAUAAGGAAUACUGACUCCUAUCUUCUCGUGCUCAAUCUCAACACCGUCAAGCUGGAAAUGUUUCUCAACAAUGCGCUCAACUACGAGGGUAGGCCUCACAGAGGUCCUGCUUUUCCGUUCUUUUUGCGGAUGGCACCUCUGCCUGCCGCAGAUGAUGACGAGAAGCUUCAAGAUGCUUGAUAGCAUGGAGUCAAGUUGCUAGAAGUAACUUAAUUUGGAGCAUGAGAGCAUCAUCCACUCAUCCUGCUGAAAUGGAAUUGCAGCAGCUGGUUGGCACAUCUUCCCUGUUUGUCAUGGGAAUGGAAGCUUGCAGCUAUUAUGCAAGCCAUAUAAAGUCUGUUUUGUGGAAAUAGCUUCAAUGUAAUCUGAAUUUAGCCCCUUUCCAGUUAUGAAACCUGUUUGAUGUUAGUUAAGUGAAACUUCAGCUGAGAUGGUUUAUUUUAAUUUUGGUUGUGUACUUG